AUGGAAAUCGAUACAAUCCCCAACCUGCUGGCGGACCAGCGUGACGCCGCCCCCGAAGAGGUCCAGCACUACUUUCUCCAGUUCGAAGACCUAUGGGAGCGCAAGCUUUGGCACGAGCUUACCAACGAUCUCGUGCUGUACUUCCAAGACGCCCACAGUCAGAAGCAACGUUUGCCUCUGUACAACCACUUCAUUAAGACUUUCGCCGAGAAGAUCAACCAACUACAGCUCGUCACUCUCGGUCUGAGUACCGCCUCGCAAUGCAAAGACGACGAUGAGCGUGUUAAGUUUCUUGCCAACCUCGCUUCGGGCGUCGACAAGCCCGCAUCACAGGACGCUUUCGUCUACGCAAAGACCGCUGUAGCAAACGUCGAGCUGCGCCUGAAGAAGUACGAAGAAGCUCGCAAGGACCUAGACCAAUGCGAGCAGAUUCUCGACACAUUUGACUCGGUGGAGUCUGUUGUCCACGCCUCCUUCUACCGCGUCAGCGCCGACUACCACCAAGCCAAGCACGAGUUCGCCGCCUACUACCGUACCACUCUGCUCUAUCUCGCGUGUAUCGAACUCGAAUCUCUCUCCUUCGAAGAUCGCCAACGCAUCGCUUACGACCUCUCGAUUGCUGCUCUCGUUUCAGAGUCUAUCUACAACUUCGGUGAACUUCUCCUUCAUCCUAUCCUCGACACACUCAAGAACACCCAGCACGCUUGGUUGCGUGAUCUGAUCAUCGCCUUCAACAAGGGCGACUUGGGCGCCUACGACGUCCUGGCUGCACACAUGGGCAAGAACGACCUGCUCAAGGAGCACCAGAACUUCCUCUACCAAAAGAUCAGCUUGUCCGCUCUUACCGAGACCGUCUUCCGCCGCCCACCCCACGACCGUGCCAUGACUUUCUCCGAGAUCGCUCAGCAGACAAAGGUCCAACCGAACGAGAUCGAGCACCUCAUCAUGAAGGCACUCAGCUUGGGCCUUGUACGCGGAACUAUCGAUCAGGUCGCGGAGGUUGCCAGGAUUACUUGGGUCCAGCCCAAGGUGUUGGACAAGGGUCAGAUUGUUAACAUGCGCGAAAGACUGCGUGCUUGGGAUGACGGUGUCAACAAGCUCGGAAACUGGAUCGAGAGCUCAGGCCAGGAGAUCUGGGCCGCAUGA